CCAGGCUGUUCACAGAUCAACUAGACCAAGCUAUAGCCAUUGCAGGUAGAUCGGGAGCUUGCUAGCUCGACCAAGCUGCCUACCUAGCUCGCGUCGGAAUUAAUGGCCGCGACCGCCGGCGACGCCGCCGCCGCCGCCGCCGCCGCCUGCCCUGCCUACCCAUGGCCGAGCGACGGAGCCCAGCGCGGGCGCAAGGUGUUCAUGCAGAGCGACUGCACGGCGUGCCACGGCAUGUUCUCCUCCAACGCCGGCCUCAUCAGCGACGACGACUCGGCGUGGGAGCCCAAGGUGGCGGAGAUCGUCGUCGUGGAGGAGGCUCAUCAGCCGGUGGCGGCAGCGGCGACACUCCGCGGCGGCGCGUACUACCCGGCGCCGGACCUCACCUUCAUUGCAAAGGGCCUGCGAGGCAAUAACCUCUACUCCGGCGGCGGCGCCAGCGAGGCGGCGAGGAUGCUGGCCGAUGCCGCCGCGGCGUGCCAGGAGCUGAAGAAGCGGGCACUGGCUAGCCCCGUCUGGCUCUAGUUUCUUCGAUCUGACUAGAUCUCAACUCUGAAUAAUGCAGCCUGCAUAAUCAGCAGUUGAGCGCUGCUUCUGCAAAUAAUGUCCCCAUCGAUCGAUGAUCUCUUGUAGCAGUAGCUUCCUCCAUUGGAGCUCAAAUAAAAUUAAUUACUCCGCUCAUAUGGAUACAUCGCCGCCUAUCAGUCGUCUAGUUCGUCGGCUGUCAUUUUUAAAUUCCUUUCUGUUUACUUAGACUUUCUGGCCGUGUGGCUACCGGCAGAGACCGAAAAUAUAAUCAAUUUCUAUUUAAAAAAACA